AAUUUUCUGCUGCCUCCUUUCGAAAUCGUAGACAGUUUGAUCACAAACAGAUCUAAAUUCAGAAAUGAAUGGAAGUAUUGGAAGUCUCGUUAAUGGAAAUGGCUUUCCUCAUGAAAAGGUUGUUAUACUUGAUGCAGGUGCCCAGUAUGGGAAGGUAAUAGACAGAAAGGUCAGAGAACUAUCAGUGGACUGUGAAAUUUUGCCAUUAGAUAGUCCAGCAUUUGUGAUUAAAGAAAAAGGUUUUAAGGCAAUUAUAAUAUCUGGUGGUCCAAGCUCAGUAAAUGACCCCAAUGCUCCACAAUAUGACCCAGAUAUAUUCAAAUGUGGUCUUCCAGUUUUGGGUAUCUGCUAUGGGAUGCAGAUGUUGAAUAAAGAGUUUAAUGGGAAAGUUAUGAAAACUGGUACAAGAGAAGAUGGACAAUUUGAGAUCACAGUAGACACUAGUUGCACACUUUUUAAAAAACUAAGUGAGAAGCAGCAGGUGUUGCUGACACAUGGUGACAGUAUAACACAGGUAGCUGAUGGCUUCAAAGCUGUUGCUCACUCCGGUAGCUGUGUAGCAGCGAUUGCCAAUGAAAAGACCAAACUGUAUGGAGUCCAGUUCCACCCUGAGGUUGACCUCUCUGAAAAUGGCAAACAGAUGCUGAGAAAUUUCCUGUUUGACGUGGCACAGUGUAGUGGUGACUACACCAUGUCAUGUAGAGAAGAAGCUUGCAUUAAGUACAUCAAGGAAACAGUGAAGGAUCAUAAAGUCUUGAUGCUGUUGAGUGGGGGUGUGGACUCUACUGUCUGUGCUGCACUGCUACACAAGGCCCUGAAUGAAGACCAGGUGAUUGCUGUACAUAUUGACAAUGGUUUCAUGAGGAAAAAUGAGAGUGAACAGGUAGAACAAUCCUUGAACAAAAUUGGACUCAAGGUUAGGGUUGUGAAAGCUUCACAUACUUUCUAUAACUCCACAACAUCAGUGCCAAUGGAUACACAUGAUAUUAACUCUCGCAAACGAAAAACAAACACCUUAAACACAACAACUAACCCAGAGGACAAGCGCAAGAUUAUUGGUGACACAUUUAUGAAGGUGGCUAAUGAGUGCAUUGAAGAACUUAACUUAAAACCUGAAGAAAUUUAUUUGGGUCAAGGUACUCUUAGGCCUGACUUAAUAGAAAGUGCAUCUGCCUUGGCAAGUGGGAAUGCAGAUGCUAUCAAAACACAUCACAAUGACACAGAUCUGGUUAGGGAGCUGAGAAAGCAAGGUCGUAUUGUGGAGCCAUUGAAAGAUUUCCAUAAAGAUGAAGUUAGGGCAAUAGGCAAAGACCUUGGACUGCCUGAAGAACUAAUUAACAGACAUCCUUUUCCUGGACCUGGUCUGGCUAUCCGUGUGAUCUGUGCUGACGAGCCAUACAUGUGCAAAGACUUUGCUGAAAAUUCAGUCAUGCUGAGGAUAAUCACAACUUUCUCCACUUCUUCUAAGACACCACACUCAUUGUUGAACCGAAUCAAAUCCAACUCAUCACAAGAAGAACAAGAUAUGUUAAUGAGGGUGUCUGUCAAAACUUCAAUAUCAUCUUUGUUACUACCUAUAAAAACUGUGGGUGUACAGGGAGACUGCAGGACAUACAGCUAUGUUGCUGCACUGUCUACAGAUGAGGAGCCAAAUUGGGAGGAGUUAAUGACACUAGCUAAAAUCAUCCCAAGAAUUUGUCAUAGUAUUAAUAGGGUAGUUUAUGUGUUUGGAGGACCAGUCAUUCACCCUGUAGAAGACAUAACACCCACAUUUUUGACAACUGGGGUACUGGCUACUCUACGACAGGCAGAUUACAAUGCCACAAGGACUCUAGCAGAAGCUGGGAUAACUAAAUUAAUAUCACAGAUGCCCAUUGUUUUGAUCCCAGUCCAUUUUGAUAGAGACCCCAGCUUACACCUACCUUCUUGUCAAAGAUCUGUAGUCAUUCGGACAUUCAUCACCAAUGACUUCAUGACUGGCAUCCCAGCAACACCUGGGAAACAGAUUCCCGUUAAGGUUUUGGAUAAAAUGGUAGAGAAUGUGCUUCAGGUUCCUGGCAUUUCAAGAGUUCUGUAUGAUCUCACAGCCAAGCCACCUGGUACUACAGAAUGGGAGUAAUUCUUAAUGCAGUUUUUUUGUUUUAAAUACAACUUGUAAAUAAUUUUAAGAAAUAAAUUUUUA